AAAAGAAAUAUAGCGUUUCUUAAAUACACGGUUUCUAGAAAGAGCUAUUUUAACACAAGCAACUCAAAGAUAUCUCUUUUACAGAACUGUGUUUACCGAAAAAUGUUCUUCUCAAACACAGCCUUUUGAUGGUCAGGAGUUUCUAAGUGUCAUGCCCACCAACGAGCUGUAAGAUGACCACCCUUCACAGUCAAGCUCAACCUGGCCAUCCUAUCGUCCCACAUCCAGACCCACAUCCAGAUGAAUACAAGAUUGCAGCCCUCGUCUUCUACAGCUGCAUCUUCAUCAUUGGAUUAUUUGUUAAUGUCACUGCCUUAUGGGUUUUCAGUUGUACCACCAAGAAGAGAACCACUGUGACCAUCUAUAUGAUGAACGUGGCACUACUGGACUUGAUAUUUAUAAUGAGCUUACCCUUUCGGAUGUUUUAUUACGCAAAAGGUGAAUGGCCUUUUGGAGAGUACUUUUGCCAGAUUCUUGGGGCUCUCACAGUGUUUUACCCAAGUAUUGCUCUGUGGCUUCUCGCCUUUAUUAGUGCUGACAGAUACAUGGCCAUCGUACAGCCAAAAUAUGCCAAGGAACUUAAAAACACGUGCAAGGCCGUGAUGGCGUGUGUGGGCGUCUGGAUAAUGACCCUGACCACCACCAUCCCCCUCCUGCUGCUCUAUGAAGACCCAGACACAGCCUCCUCCACGCCCCCCACCUGCCUCAAGAUUUCUGACAUCAUUUACUUAAAAGCUAUUAACGCGCUGAACUUCACUCGACUGAUAUUUUUUUUCUUGAUUCCUCUGUUCAUCAUGAUUGGGUGCUACUUAGUCAUUAUCCAUAGUCUCCUUCACGGUAAGACCUCUAAGCUGAAGCCAAAGGUCAAGGAGAAGUCGAUCCGGAUCAUCAUCACGCUGAUGGUGCAGGUGCUGGUCUGCUUCAUGCCCUUCCACAUUUGCUUUGCUUUCCUGAUGCUGGGAGGGGAUGAGAACAGCUACAACCCCUGGGGAGCCUUCACCACCUUCCUCAUGAACCUCAGCACUUGUCUGGACGUGAUUCUCUACUACAUCGUUUCAAAACAAUUUCAGGCUCGAGUCAUUAGCGUCAUGCUCUACCGUAAUUACCUUCGGAGCGUGCGCAGAAAGAGCUUCCGCUCAGGUAGCUUACGGUCACUAAGCAACAUAAACAGUGAAAUGUUAUGAAUCGUCACUGUUUUGCCUUCAAGCUCUUUAAAUACACUUUACUAUCUAUCUUAGUUAGGGUCAGUGGAUAUUCUCUAGGAUAUCACCAAGUCCCUUCUCUCCUGGAAAAAACAAUAAAAUAAACUUAAAAAACC